GCCUAAAAAUAAAAGUAACCACACAAUUACACCAUCUGCUUCUGUAUUCAGAUAGUUUGCUGAGGCAAAUGAAUGACUGGUGUUCAGCAGCAGAGGAAUGAAAAUCUACUCAAGUUACUCGCGUUGCGUGUUUAGAAGCGUCAAGUGUUGCGACAGGCGUCACACCAGCAGCCGUGCAGAGAUUCACAUACACUCACCGACCGUCUGACAAACACGCUGCAGCGAUACUUCUGGACUUCUUCACAUUUAAUUCUCGGUUCAAUGCGGGUUUAAGCUGUACCGCCUGGAUUCAAAGGAUUAUUCAACAUGUUGGGGAGAAAGAAGCAACCCGAGACCGUUCAGACUGAAUCCAAAUCGGUGGAGUCGAAAACUCACGAUCCGCUGCGGAGGCUUGGUGUGUUGGACGAUGAAGAUGUGCUUCUGAUGCUGCAGGGGUCGAAGAUGAUGAAGGUUCGAUCGCAGCGUUGGCGGAAGGAUAGGAGCCUAAAGCUUCUGGAGGACUGUGUUACGGUGUGGUGUGAGUCCAGCAAAACAUCCCGCAAGAGCAAAAGACAGCAGACCUUCUCAGUGACGGAGGUGGAGUGUGUGCGUGAGGGCUGUCAGUCUGAGUGUCUGCGGCGAAUGACAGAUCUGGUUCCAGAGAGAAACUGCUUCACCGUGGUUUUCCGUGGAGGAAGGAAAAGCCUGGAUCUGUGCUGCCAUACACAAGAGGAAGCGGAGCGCUGGGUCCGAGGCAUCCGCACACUAAAAGACCGUGUCUCCAACAUGAGCCAGAAAGAGAAGCUCGACCACUGGAUUCGAGGUUACCUGAGACAUGCCGAUCAAAAUCAGGAUGGAAAGAUGAGCUACGACGAGGUGAAACAUCUGCUCCAGCUGAUCAACAUUGACCUGAAUGAGCAGUACGCACGAACGCUCUUCAAGAAAUGUGAUCGCUCGUGUGACGGCAGACUGGAUCAUGUGGAGAUUGAGGAGUUCUGCCGUGAGCUGAUGCGCAGGCCGGAGCUGGACGCUGUUUUCAGGCAUUAUUCUGGAAACGGAUGUGUGCUCUCCACUUUGGAGCUGCGGGACUUUCUGGGUGACCAGGGCGAAGAUGCAUCUCUGGCGCACGCAAAGAACCUCAUCCACACCUUUGAGCUCAAUGACUGGGCCCAGAAGAAUCUCUUCAUGACCCAGAAUGGUUUCACCAUGUACAUGCUUUCAAAAGAGAACGACGUUUUCAACCCAGAUCACACUCAUGUGUAUCAGGACAUGAGCAGACCUCUGGCACAUUAUUACAUCUCAUCAUCCCAUAAUACAUACCUCACCAAAGACCAGGUGACCAGUGCCAGCAGCACUGAGCCUUAUAUCAGAGCACUGAAUCAGGGCUGCCGCUGUGUUGAGCUGGACUGCUGGGACGGGGAUAAAGGAGAGCCUAUAAUCUACCAUGGACACACACUCACCUCAAAAGUACUCUUCAAAGAAGUCAUCGAGACCAUUGCUCAGUAUGCCUUCAAGGCGUCUCCGUAUCCACUGAUCUUGUCUCUGGAGAAUCACUGUUCAGUGGAGCAGCAGGCCAUCAUGGCACAACAGCUUCAAUCCAUUCUGGGGAAAAAGCUGCUGACGAAACCACUCAGCGACCUGCCGCUCAAACAGCUGCCCUCACCUGAGGAGUUGAAGGGUCGGAUUCUGCUGAAGGGGAAGAAGCUCACCGGUCUGCUGGGGAAGACAGAGAGCUGGACCAGCUUCACAAACAGCUCGGAUGAGGAGUCAGUGGCUGGAGGAAACAAGAAGGAAUCCAAAAAGGAUCUUGCGAGGUCUGCGAGCACUAAACUGAGUCCAGAGCUGUCGGAUCUGGUGGUGUAUUGUCAGAGUGUGCCCUUUAGUGGAUUCGAGACAGCCAAUCAGAGGCCUCCAAGUGUGACAACAUCUUUCUCUGAGAAUGAGGCGCUCAAACUCAUCAAAGACUCAGGGAAGCUGUUUGUUCAAAACAACAGUCGGCAGCUGAGCAGGAUUUACCCAUCAGCCCAGAGGCUUCAGUCCUCCAACUUCGACCCCCAGGACAUGUGGAAUGCAGGAUGCCAGAUGGUGGCUCUGAACUUCCAGACACCAGGAGAGCAGAUGGAUCUGAACCAGGGCCGCUUUCUGCCCAACGGCCGCUGUGGAUAUGUGCUCAAACCUGAAUUUCUGUGUUACCCAAAGUAUAAUUUUGAUCCGGAGAACACCGGUGGAGGACCAGGACACAUACCCACACAGCUCACCAUACGGGUGAUCUCAGCUCAGCAGCUUCCUAAAAUAAACACAGACAAGCCCAACUCCAUUGUGGACCCGCAGGUCUGGGUGGAGAUACAUGGAGUUUCCAUUGAUAAAGCUCGAGCCAAAACUCAGCGCAUUGACAACAACGGUUUUAACCCUCGCUGGGAUUGCACUGUGAGCUUUCAGCUGCAGCUGCCGGAACUGGCUUUGGUUCGAUUCAUGGUGGAAGAUCAUGACCACAAAUCCAAGAAUGAUUUCAUUGGCCAGUUCACCCUCCCCUUCACCAGCCUACGCACAGGUUAUCGUCACGUCCACCUGCUGAAAGCUGACGGCUCCACUCUUUCUCCUGCCACCCUCUUCAUCCAUGUCAAGGUGGUACGGCGAGGAGUUCAUAUUAAAACUGUUUCUGAGAGGAUACGCAAGGCUUGAUGCUUUUGUCAUGAUUUCUGGAAAGAUUUCUUACUGCAAGUACCUUACCGAAGUAAAAGCCCCUGAGCCGGGCUCUCGAGGUGCUGGAACUCUUCACAGUGAGACCACCUGGAAAAAACAUGGACAAUGGGUGAUACAGAAGUCAGUGUAGAGCUGAGAUUCAAAGUGCAUUUUGCUUUGUAUUGUUCAUUUGUGCUGCUGUCUGCAGAGCAGAGCGUCUAACAAGCUAUAGUGCAAGUGGAAUAUGUUAUGAAGUCAGUGUUGUUCUAAGUUACAGGUCAGCGUUGCUCAUAGAAUCUGUUUUCUUGGAGACAAAUUAUGAGCCUUGAUAUUAUAUUUUAUAAUUAAUUCAUAUUUUAGUUGAAAUAGGCACUGUUUACACUAGUGUGUUUUUGUUUUAAAGCUUUUGUUGCAGUUAUGCCUGUCGUGUACACUACUCUGGCAUCUUCAACCACGAAAACUGAACAUUUUAAAAACACAGAAAUUUUUUUUUUUUAAAUAGUGGUGUUGCAUUUUAGUAUAGAUGUGCCAAAAUGCAGACUUUAGAAAACGAAAGCAUGGCUGUCCAAAGUCAGUCUUUGACUAGCCUCAGACGUCACGCCAAGUAACACCCACAGACCUUUGGCUGAACACCUGAUGCCUAUGGCACACUUUUCUGGAAACACUUUAGCAGAUCCUCAAUCAAGAUCUGAUUAAAUAUACAUGAUUUCUGGAAGUCGAGUAUGCAGCAAUCUUUAUCAGCCCACCUGGAAACAAGUCUGAGUGGAUAAAAAAGCUGCAACGUUUAUAUUGAUGACUAGAGCUGCACGAUUUAUCGAAAAAAGAUCACGAUCUCGAUUCGACCCCCUAGACCAGGGGUCACCAAACUUGUUCCUGAAGGGCUGGUGUCCUGCAGAUUUUAGCUCCAAUCCUAAUCAAACACACCUGAACAAGCUAAUCAACGUCUUACUAGGUAUACUUAAAAACACCCAGGCAGGUGUGUUGGGGCAAGUUGGAGCUAAACCCUGGAGGGACACCGGCCCUCCAGGACCGAGAUUGGUGACCCCUGUCCUAGACGAUCUUAAUCCAGCAUUUCUACGAUUCUGCCAAUCACAUUUUCAAGUUCAGGAGAGAAGGUGGUCGCACAAGUCUGUUUUACAUACUGUACAUUGCUUGUUGCUGCAAUGUGAAAACCUCUAAAUCGUGUUGAAAGAGUCACAUGCUGUAUUUAUCAGAUAUAAUUCACCCAAAAAUGUCAUUUCUGUCUUCAUGUAAUGAUCGCACGUGAUGUGAGCUGACCGUGAGCUGUUCAAUAGUAUCCGGAUGCAGCCUUUAUGAUGAAAGCUGAGAUCAAUCAACGAUGCAAUGUCAGACACAAUGCACUUAAUGGAGCGAGUGAUGUCACUGUGAUGGGUAGGGUUAGGGGUGGGGUUAGGUGAGCGCAUUAAAAAACAUUGGAUGCAGCUCAGAUUGCACUGCACCAUGUCUGCAUCCAGACCCCUUUCAAGCUGUUACCACUAAGAGGGUGGGCGCGCACCUGUGAAUGAAGUCUACUUUAGUAAACAGAACCUGCAUAGGCUGUGAAUAACAGGUAAUAAAGUUGUAAAUAACAUUCAGUUUGUGGCACAGAGCGAUCAUUUGGGAGCCACGCGGGAAGUAUGAACCGCAUUUAGCAGUGAAAAUAAAACCGAAAGUGCGCACAUCAUUUAAAUAAUCAUCUCGCAUUUUAGAGUUAUGAUUGUGAGAAGCAUUUAAUAUGUUUAUCUUUCAUAUCGAACACAGAGUGUUGUGCAUGAGAAUAAAUGUUUAACAGUGUCAGUAUAACUACUCUAGCCUAUAUAAUGUUGAAUAUAAUGCAAGAGGGAAUCUGAUAAUGACGAAUGUCUGAUUUUACCAGUUGAAAAAAUUGGUUUAAUAAUGUUGUCAAUGACAGAUUGCAAGCACAUGUCUCAAACAUAAUAAUUCAACUUCAGAAUUAUGAACAGUUGUAUUCUGAUGUCAUCACUUUACUGUGCAUUAAUGACCACGACAUAUUUAAAGUCUGUUCAAGUCCAUUAUUCAAGUCUUUUCAAAAUUCAGCAUUUUAACCAACAGUAGACCUACACAUAAUAUUAUCAUUGUUGAUUUACCAUAUGUUUGAGAAUGACAAUAAUAAUAGCUUGAUUUUAGGCAAAAAAACGUGAUUCUCAUUUUAGCCAAAAUCGUGCAGCUCUAUUGAGGACAGUGUUCAUAAGUAAAAGUAUAACUUUCGGAGACAUUCAUGGAUCAGUGGUUUACUGCCUGCACACGCGUCUGUUGUUGUGAGGAUAACUUGGUGACAAUGAGCAUUUAUCAGUUUGACUUUAUCAGUCUAUCAGAUAAGCAUGCAGUGCUCACUGAAUAAAAGCUUCAGCAUGUGAUGACAACAGACACGCAACUAUGCUUAUAAUCUCGUCUUUUUUUUUUCCUAUUAGCUGUGAAAACCUUUAAAUAUUCUGUCAUUUUGGUCAUAAAGAUAAAAGAAAGACAUUGUUCAAAACAGUAACUGUUUUUUUUCCCACAAAUUCCACAAAACCUUGCUUGUUUGUUAAAGUUUGCCUUGACAUAAUUUUGUGUAGUGUGUAUAUUUAUUAUGUAUAAAUACACACAUCCACGUAUGUGAAUAUACAUUCAUAGACAGUGUUUAUUUAUAUUUAUAAUUCUAUCUAAAUGUUAAUCUAUAUGUAAAUAUUUUUAAUUAUGUUCAUGUAUGUGUGCACAUACAUACUUUUAUUUUGUUAGCAGUUAGCCACAUUUAAUCAUUAAACAACACUAUAGCGUACUGUUACUUGAGUUCACAACCCCCUCUUAUGUGACUAUUAAACCACUGGUAGAUUGCAAGUAUGAAUGCCGGCAAAGUUAUGCGCAUGCCUAAUGAGCGUCAGUAAUCAUGUAUCAAGGUAUCAAUGUAUCAUGUACACGGCUGUACACGGUUUUAAAAUGAGAACACACUAGUGUAAACAUGCCUUAAAGUAGUGUUGAGACUUAUGUGAACACAGAAAUUAGUCUUUUGUCGUUUUGUGAGUUCAUUUACUUAAUUUUGACAAAAAUGGAAAAAGACAUUUUGAAGAGACAUUGAAAGUGUAGAAAGUGUCAGGAUUGUUUAGUAAAGGUCAUGACUCUUUUUUUUUUUUUGUAUACAAGUAUGUGAUUCAGCAGAAUAAUCAGAUUAUUCUAUGAAAUAAUUUAGCUAGAUACUUUGAAAUAAGUACAUCCAAUUAUGAAGUCUGUGUUUAACAGUGGUUGAGACGGACAGAAGGAUUUAUCAUUAAAGCUAAAGCAUUAACAAUGCAUUACAAGCAUUAGCAAUGUCCGUUAUCCUAAGAAGUGCAAAAUUGGUCAAAUUAUAUUUGACUAGUGCUAAUUUGAUGAAAGUAGAGGCAACUAUAGCACAAGCCAUUCUAUACAUCAUUUAAUGGCAGGUUAGUUAUAUUAGGUUAGAUAAAGAUCUGUUUUGUACUAGGCUAUGAUGAUUCAUUGAAUGUUAUAAUAUGAUAUUAACUGCUUCUUUACAAACACGUUUAAUUGUAAAUGUUCAGUUUCUCAGUAGAAAUCAGAUCAUCUUUUGAUCUUAAUGUCUCGUUGUUCAUACAGUACUGUAUAUGUGUGUGUGUGAAUGUUAAUUUUUUUUUUAGGAAAACAUAUUUUUUUGAUUGUGUUGAAAUAAAUAAUCAGUAAUUAAUUUAAUCAAUAUAUUUAGUAUUUAUGUUGUAUUAUCAGCAGCAAACAACGUUACCUCUUAAGAAAAAAUCUAAUUCAUUUUUGUUUGGGUAGUUUUGAAAACAUGGAAAUAUGUGAAUUAAUGCCGAUUGUGGUUUUUAAUUGUUUUUUUGGUAUUGCAAAGAUGUAGUGCCUUUUGGAUGCAUGCCUACAUUUUAUAAAUUUGCUUAGCUAAUUGUA